AUGGAGAAGGAGCUGCAAACCAAGUACAAAAAUGUCACCAAGGAAAUCAUUACAUUGUAUCUUUGCUUAUGCAAACCGUGUCAGACCAAAUUAUCUAAUCCUAAGAAAUGUCUAGUUUCUAAACCUUUGAUAUUUAAAGAAUUUAACUCAAGAUGCCAGGUAGAUCUUAUCGACAUGCAAAGUAACCCAGAGGGCGAAUUCAAGUUUAUACUCAAUUACCAGGAUCAUUUAAUGAAGUUCAUAUUAUUGCGAGCUCUGAAAAGCAAAAGAGCAGAAGUUGUUUACCAGCUACUGGAUGUCUUCACAACCAUAGGUACUCCAAGCAUGCUUCAAUCAGAUAAUGGAAGAGAAUUUGCAAAUCAAGUUAUUAAUGAACUCAAGAACAUGUGGCCUGAAUUGAAACUAGUUCAUGGAAAACCGAGAUAUAGCCAAAGCCAAGGUUCAGUAGACAUGCCAACCAAGAUGUUCAUAAUAUGA